UUUUACGUCUCCAAUGUAAGAAAAACGUAUUCAACGGGUUAUUGUGUAGCGCUAUUUUUAUCUGUUUGCAUAUUGGAUAUUGUAACAACCACAUGUAGCAAUACUGCGCAGUUCAUACAUACAUAAUGUAACAUUAUAAAAACUAGGAAGAAAGAAAUACAUUUCUCAGCAUUCCCAACACUGUGUGACUUUACGAUUGGCCAACAACAGUUUUUUUUCAUAGGUCUCUAGUGGAAAUACACUGACAGUUUUCUUUCAAAAAUGUGAGACGUUAGUCUUCAUCGUCACCGUCAUGAAACCCCGCGAUUAACCGGAAUUUACCUAAAAUCCUUCUAUUAGGCGCGAGCUUCUUUUUAAUGGUUCGUUGUUUUAUGAGGGGAUUUUGUGCUGGUUAAUGUUGUCGUCCGGUGGAUCUGUUCUGACUAAAGCAGACUGAAGAUGGAGGAUGAAGACUUUUUACUCGCUCUUCGUUUACAAGAGCAAUUUGAUCAGGAGACAGCGACUGCAGGAUGGACAGAUGAAGACUAUCCGUCCAGUAAAAAGCGGAGGAUUGACUCCUCUGGUCUUAUGGAUGUGGUUUCCUACUCUCAGCCCAGACCAGAGAGACCGCUGUCCAUCGUAGAUGAGACCUGGGAGAUGCUGGACCCCAAUCCGGACGUAAGAGCCAUGUUCCUGCAGUUCAAUGACAAGUUUUUCUGGGGGAAACUCAGCGGUGUGGAGGUCAAGUGGAGUCCACGGAUGACACUAUGUGCUGGUGUUUGCUCAUAUGAGGGAAGAGGAGGCUUGUGUUCUAUUCGACUCAGUGAACCACUCCUGAAGCUCAGACCCCGCAAGGAUCUUGUACAGACUCUUCUUCAUGAGAUGAUCCACGCUCUUCUCUUUGUGACUCAAAACAACAGAGAUCGAGAUGGCCAUGGUCCAGAGUUCUGCAAACACAUGAACAGAAUCAACCAAGCGAGCGGCACCAACAUCACUAUAUAUCACUCCUUUCAUGAUGAGGUGGACGUGUACAGGCAGCACUGGUGGCGCUGUAAUGGACCCUGUCAGAAUCGCAAACCGUUCUUUGGAUACGUAAAGCGUGCAAUGAACAGACCUCCCUCUGCAAGAGACCCCUGGUGGGCUGAGCACCAGAUGACCUGCGGUGGAACAUACACCAAAAUCAAAGAGCCAGAAAAUUAUGGGAAAACAGGCAAAGGUGAUAAAAAGAAAGACAAGAAUCCUUCCAAUGAGAUCACCAAGAAUUCAAAGCCUCCUAGCAACAAGAAUCCUUCCAAUGAGACCUCCAAGAAUUCAAAGCCUCCCAGCAGUACAACAGGCUCUGGCUCACAGGACAUCAGAAACAUCAUUCCAUUCAGUGGGAGAGGGUUUGUUCUUGGAGGCAAUACGCAGAUUUCCACAAACAAGAGUCAGAGUCCUCCUAAAGCACAACCUGAACCUCUCGCCUCUCCUCCUGACUCACCGCUCCUUCCAAGAAUACAGCCCAGUGAUUUAAAGUCAUUCAAAAGAGUCAGCUCAGGUACAUUGAAUGUUCCCCGCAAAAAGUCUGUUGGUAACACUAAUGCCUUCAUCAACGUCAACGGCUCGCCUGUGAGGGUUUCCAAAGCCAAUGACUUAAAAGGCAAGCAGAGGUCAGUACGAGAUCUCUUCCAGGCCAUAGUCCUCAAAUCUCCGGAGAGAACAGCCAGUGCUGCUGGUUCCUCCAAGCCUGCUACAGAUGCCUCAACAGCAAACGUUGCUAAAAGUAAUGGACCAUCUUCAUCUAGUGCCUUAGACAGGCAAACAAGCCUGAUGAACAACCAUCAUUCAUACAGUGCCAAAGGGCCAAAGCCUGACUCCAAAUAUUUUGGUAGUAGUAUUCAAAGUUCGAAAUUCCAAGACUCAAAGUCAUCUGGAAGCCCCCAAAAGUCUUCAACUGACACACCGGGUUACUUUUCUAAGCUCUUUGGAAGUAACCAAAAACAAGGGUCAGAUGCUACAAGCUCUGGAUUCCAAAACACUGGCGGUCCCCAAAGUUCACAUACUUCAGGGUCCAGUUCCAAGCAUUUUGGAGCAUCCGAAAAGCCUGAAUCCAACUUUCCAAGUCCUAGAAGCAUUGACAGCCUCCGGACUUUAGGGACAACGCCUUCAGGAGCCAAGAAGAGAUCAUGGGAUGAGCAUAAAUCAGAACAUAUCUCUGAUUACUUCCAGCGGACGAACGGCAAGCCCUCCACGUCCACAGUGCAGCAGAGAGAGGAGGUGGAAGACGCCGUUCAGCAAACAAAUAAUGCUCCAAUCCAGAUCACCGUCCACUGCCCCGUGUGCCACAUCAAAGUACCCGAAUCCACAAUUAAUGAACAUCUGGAUUCCUGUCUGUCAUAAUCACUGAAAAGUAGUACAGACCAUGGGGCUUUAGUAAAACUAGGAGAGGUGUUCACUGUGGGAUUUCUAUGAUCUUAUCUCAGGUAUAGCUUUAGAUAGAAAAAUGAAAUUAUUUUAUGUCAUAGAAGUGAGAUAUUAUAAUUCCAAUGCAAUAAGUAAAUUCAUAAAAUAAUUCUGAAGUCAUUUGUAGGACAAUACCCUACAAAGCGCGCCAUUUGAUUUUGAACUUUUGUGCAAUUACUUACUCAUUCUACCUCAUUUUUGUAAACAUUUGCAUCAUGGGAAGAUUGUUGGGUGUGAUUGACAGCCUAGUUGAAACUGAGUGAGUGUUUUAAAGAGGCAUCACUCACUGUCCUUGUGUGGGUUGAUGUCCGCGGUUCAUGUCGAUUCAGCAGUACUGAAUUUCACACACGUUGGCUGCCCGCUGUGGGAUUUAGAUGUGCUUAGCUUUCUGCCGGAUCAGGCUUUGCAAGGUCGCUUUCAUCUCGGAGUCAUCAAUAACAGCUCUGUCAGGUUCGCCUAUAAGUGGGGGUGGAGCUUCUGCCACUUUCUGCAUAAUAAUUUCACAUCUACUUUGUGCCCUAGAGGAAUGUGCACAUUUGAAAAUUAACCCCACCCAGACGUGAAUAUUGGGUGUGCAGGUUGAAACCUCCUGAUGUAAUAAUAGUCAUGAUAUAUUGUUAAGUCACAAGUGUUGUUGUGACCCACCUUAGAAGGCAACAAUGCUUGAUGACGAGUUCACGCUACUCAGGUUAUGCAGAUGUUACUUUUUGGCGUGGUUCACUUGUAGGCCAAGGCACAUAACAUUGAUUUACCUUCGUAAAUAGAGGAAGGACACAUUGAUUUGUUUAGUGUUUAACAUGCUGCAGGCAUCAGUGAUGUCAUUCGUAAUGUAUGCAUUCCGUUUUAACAUGUACUACAGGUUUUCGAGGCAAACCGCGCUGUCUGGUAAUGCAUCAUUCUCUGUUGGGAGUGAACGUUUUGCACAGAUUAUUUUUGGCUAAUUGAGCACCGGACUUUUUGUUUUAAAAUGGUUUUAUAUUGCUACUCUGUUUUAACAAAAUUAAAUUAAAUUAAAAAGUUCAUAAAGUGGGUAUAAAUGUUUGUAUGUUGAUUUUGUUGUGUUUUUCUACCAUGUUUUUAAAAUUCAAAUUUGUGCCUGAUUUAUUUUUGACUCAUGUUGCCUGUGAACUGUUGUUGAAAUAAAUGUUCA